UUAGUUGACUUUGGAUACAACCAUAUUUUAUGGGUAUUCUCUGGUAGAAGAGGUAUUCAUUGCUGGGUGUGCGAUCAGAGGGCACGUAUUUUAAGCCCAUCUGAACGUCAGACAGUUGGAAAGUACUUUCAAAUCAUAAAUGGAGGAAAAUAUACGUAUAAAAAAGUAAAACUUGAUAAUAGAACGCAAUACUUGAUCAGUUCGGCGUUGGACAUGAUAAGACCUAUUUUUGUACCAUUCAUUGUGAAAGAACAAGACAUACUGGGGACAAAUGAAAGGCUAGCCAAGUUUUUAAACGUGAUUUACGAUGCUGAAGACAGAGAAGCCUUAAGAUCACAAAUGGAAACAUUGGAAACUAGCAGUCAGAGAUGGAAUACGUUUGUUUGUUACAUUGAAAACUUGCUAGAUAAAACCAAGAAGGAGCAUCAUAAAUAUACUUAUUUAAUAGAUGAAAUAAUGCUACAGUAUACAUAUCCAAGGAUGGAUAUAAAAGUUACAGAAACAAUGAAUCAUCUUUUGAAAGGACCUUUCUGUGUCCAUCCGAAAACUGGUAAAAUAUCUGUUCCAUUCUCUAUCUCUACAGUGGAUGAAUUUUCAACUGAUAAUGUU